CACAGACCACAUUGUCGCCCGGCCUCAGCUCUCCGCCCCGGCGCUCAGAGGGUAACUCUCACCCACCUCGUCCGCUUCUCUGAACCAGAGUGACCCAGGCAGCGCUCCGCCCCGCUCUCCUACCCCGAGUUGGCACGGAGGCCCGGCAGCCAUGGCGGUGGAAGGAGGAAUGAAAUGUGUGAAGUUCUUGCUCUACGUCCUCCUGCUGGCCUUUUGCGCCUGUGCAGUGGGACUGAUUGCCGUGGGUGUCGGGGCACAGCUUGUCCUGAGUCAGACCAUAAUCCAGGGGGCUACCCCUGGCUCUCUGUUGCCAGUGGUCAUCAUCGCAGUGGGUGUCUUCCUCUUCCUGGUGGCUUUUGUGGGCUGCUGCGGGGCCUGCAAGGAGAACUAUUGUCUUAUGAUCACGUUUGCCAUCUUCCUGUCUCUUAUCAUGUUGGUGGAGGUGGCUGCAGCCAUUGCUGGCUAUGUGUUUAGAGAUAAGGUGAUGUCAGAGUUUAAUAACAACUUCCGGCAGCAGAUGGAGAAUUACCCGAAAAACAACCACACUGCUUCGAUCCUGGACAGGAUGCAGGCAGAUUUUAAGUGCUGUGGGGCUGCUAACUACACAGAUUGGGAGAAAAUCCCUUCCAUGUCGAAGAACCGAGUCCCCGACUCCUGCUGCGUUAAUGUUACUGUGGGCUGUGGGAUUAAUUUCAACGAGAAGGCGAUCCAUAAGGAGGGCUGUGUGGAGAAGAUUGGGGGCUGGCUGAGGAAAAAUGUGCUGGUGGUGGCUGCAGCAGCCCUUGGAAUUGCUUUUGUCGAGGUUUUGGGAAUUGUCUUUGCCUGCUGCCUCGUGAAGAGCAUCAGAAGUGGCUAUGAGGUGAUGUAGGGGUCUGGUCUCCUCAGCCUCCUCAUCUGGGGGAGUGGAAUAGUAUCCUCCAGGUUUUUCAAUUAAACGGAUUAUUUUUUCAGACCGAAAA